GUCAGGGCGCGGUGACGUGUCGGCGCCACCGCCCGGCCCGGGACGGGACGGGGCGGGGCGGGACCGGCGGUACCGACCGGCCGCGGCCCCGCAGCCCCGCCAUGUUCAACGUGGAGAGCCUGGAGCGCGCCGAGCUCGGCGAGAGCCUGCUCACCUGGAUCCAAACGUUUAAUGUAGAGGCACCAUGCCAGACCGUGGAAGAUUUAACGAGUGGGGUUGUGAUGGCCCAGGUUCUUCAAAAAAUAGAUCCAGCUUACUUUGAUGAAAAUUGGCUGAACAGAAUCAAAACGGAAGUAGGAGAUAAUUGGAGGCUAAAGGUAAGCAAUCUGAAGAAAAUUUUAAAAGGAAUACUGGAUUACAACCAUGAGAUUCUAGGGCAACAGAUAAAUGACUUCACUCUUCCUGAUGUUAACCUGAUUGGAGAGCAUGCUGAUGCUGCAGAGCUUGGGAGAAUGCUUCAGCUUAUUUUGGGAUGUGCUGUGAAUUGUGAACAGAAGCAAGAGUACAUCCAGACCAUAAUGAUGAUGGAAGAAUCAGUUCAACAUGUUGUCAUGACAGCCAUUCAGGAGUUGAUGAGUAAAGAGUCUCCAGUCUCUGUUGGAAAUGAUGCUUACGUUGACCUUGAUCGGCAGCUGAAGAAAACUACAGAAGAAUUAAAUGAAGCACUUGCAACAAAAGAAGAAAUUGCCCAGAGAUGUCAUGAGUUAGAUAUGCAGGUUGCAGCCCUCCAAGAGGAGAAGAGCAGCCUGCUUGCUGAGAACCAGAUUUUGAUGGAACGUUUAAAUCAGUCUGAUUCUAUUGAAGAUCCUAACAGUCCUGCAGGUCGUAGACAUCUACAGCUGCAGACACAACUAGAACAGCUCCAAGAGGAAACAUUCAGAUUAGAAGCUGCCAAAGAUGACUAUCGAAUACGCUGUGAGGAAUUAGAAAAGGAAAUUGCAGAAUUGAGACAACAAACAGAAGAGCUUACUACUCUGGCAGAGGAGGCUCAGUCUUUGAAGGAUGAGAUAGAUGUACUCAGGCAUUCUUCUGAUAAAGUAGCCAAGUUAGAAAGCCAGGUAGAGUCAUAUAAAAAGAAACUGGAGGACCUGGGUGAUUUGCGGCGGCAAGUGAAGCUUCUAGAAGAGAAGAAUACGAUGUACAUGCAAAAUACUGUGAGCCUGGAGGAAGAACUGAGGAAGGCCAACGCAGCACGCAGUCAGCUGGAAACAUACAAGAGACAGGCAGUUGAACUACAAAACAGGUUAUCUGAAGAAUCCAAGAAAGCUGAUAAAUUAGAUUAUGAAUGCAAACGACUGAAAGAAAAAGUAGACAGCCUCCAAAAAGAAAAAGAUAGAUUAAGAACAGAAAGGGAUUCUUUGAAAGAAACUAUUGAAGAACUUAGAUGUGUACAAGCUCAGGAGGGUCAACUCACCACUACAGGAUUGAUGCCUCUGGGAAGACAAGAGCCUUCAGACAGUUUAGCAGCAGAAAUCAUUACUCCUGAAAUAAAGGAAAAACUCAUCCGCCUUCAGCAUGAGAACAAGAUGUUAAAAUUGAACCAAGAAGGUUCUGACAAUGAGAAGAUUGCCUUGCUGCAGAGUCUUCUUGAUGAUGCAAACUUACGGAAGAAUGAACUGGAGACAGAAAACAGACUGGUAAAUCAGAGACUUCUGGAAGUACAGUCCCAGGUUGAAGAACUACAAAAAUCUUUGCAGGAUCAAGGUUCAAAAGCUGAAGAUUCAGUUCUUCUGAAAAAGAAACUUGAAGAACAUCUUGAGAAGCUCCAUGAAGCUAACAAUGAGCUACAGAAGAAACGAGCUAUUAUUGAAGAUUUGGAACCAAGAUGCAACAACAGUUCACUCAAAAUUGAGGAAUUACAAGAAGCUCUACGGAAAAAGGAGGAGGAAAUGAAGCAAAUGGAAGAACGAUACAAAAAGUAUUUGGAAAAGGCCAAAAGUGUCAUCCGCACAUUAGAUCCUAAACAGAACCAGGGUGCUGCUCCUGAGAUUCAGGCACUGAAAAAUCAGUUGCAGGAGCGGGACAGAAUGUUUCAUUCCCUGGAGAAAGAAUAUGAGAAAACAAAAAGUCAAAGAGAAAUGGAGGAGAAAUUUAUCGUUAGUGCCUGGUACAACAUGGGGAUGACUCUGCAUAAAAAAGCAGCAGAAGACAGACUGGCUAGUACAGGCUCAGGACAGUCCUUCCUGGCUAGACAAAGGCAAGCUACGAGCACAAGGAGACCUUACCCUGGUCAUGUCCAGCCAGCAACAGCAAGGUAGAGAAGCCUUGCCCUUAGGAAGAAAACUGCCCUGUGAUCCAGGCCACUUCUAUUGCAAGUGACAGCAUUCAAGGAAAAUAAACCAGCAUCCUUUCUCUUUCUCCCUUGUUACUGCUAUUAUUUAACAGUUCAGGAAAGGGUUUUAUUAUGCUUUCUCAUUGCUCUGUAACGCCCUUUGCUCUUAUUUUUUUUGAGUUCAUUUCUCUCUGCAUUUUCUGAAUGUGCCAAAAUUUUGGAAACAUCUAGAGGAGUGCUGUAAAAUAACAGUCUUAUUUGUAUGAAGCCUGGUCUCUUACAAAAAACCUCAUGUGGACCAUAUGACAGUGUAGAUUUCUUAUCACAGUUGUUACUUCUGUGCCUGUAAGGGUUGUUAUGCUUUAUAAGACUGUUUUUGUUCAAAGGAAUUAGCUUUUUAUUUCAUCUCCUAUCCUAUUGCUUCAGAAAAAUGCUGAAAUCUCAUUACAGAAAUGCAAAGUUGGAUUAUAAUAUUAUUGUGAAAUAUAUUUGAUACUAAAAAUCUCACCAAUGCAAAAACGAAAGAUUUUGGGGUUAUUUUUAAUCACCUAAGUGCUAAGUCUACUCUUAUUCUUGGCAUUUAGGGAAGCAGGAUGAUCUUUUUUCCAGGUUUUUCUUUAUCAACUGGUGUUACCUCUUCUGCUGGUAGAGAUGAAUAUUUUCAAAUGGUUUAUUCCACUCUUCUUUGUCAAGUGUAUGCUUAAAUACUUAUUCUACAUAGGUGGAGAAGUAUUUAGCAUGUGCUAAUCUGCUACUUUAUCAUCCACUUAAAAAGGACAUUUGUUGUAAAAUUCUAUGAUUAUGGAUGCACAAUACAUAAUUGAUCAAGGCCCCAGUUAAUAUUGUUAAUGUAUUCCAGUUGUCAUCCCCCACUUGCUUUUAAUAUAUUGAUUCAGGGUAUAAUUGUAUCAGUUGCCUUACUAAUGGUACCAGUGCCUUCAGGUGAGUUUAUUGCUGACUUUGUUGGAAACUGGCUGUGACUCAUUGUACUGCCUUUUUAGUGUAUAGCUGAUUAAUUGUUGUAACACUUUCAAGUUGAUCAGUGGAUGUAGGCUCCUCCUAUUUAGGUUCUGUUCCUACAAAGUUGUGCAUUUUUACCUGAUCAGUUCUGUGCAUUCCCUAUCAUUUUUUCAAAGAAUUGAUGGACACAGAGAACCUGAGUAUUGGCUGGAAGUUUCAUAUUCAUACAUCUUGUUGUGGUUCACUUUAAAUUUGGAGACCGGUCUUAAAUUUAGAUUUUUAUUUAGAGACUAUUUGGACUCUAAUGCGCAUGCAUUGUAAGUUUGUAAGUUUAUUCUUCCCUCUGAUUGUAAUGCCCUUCUAAGUGGAGACAUUUAUUUUUUGCAUUAAUCCCUUUAGAGAAAAGACACUAGCCUUUAUCAAUCAUCUGAAUGUCUGUUUUAAGUCAAAACUUGGGUAGAAUGAGCAAUGGAUAGUUAAAACAAGCACACCUAGAUUAAAGGGUAAAGAACAGGUGAAUGGCAUUUUUAGAUACUGCUGUUUUAUCCUCAAAUGCAUCAUCUGUUUUAAUCUGGGCUGAGAAAAGCAUUUGGUAUGUGUCUGAAAAAUAUUUUCAGUUCCAGUUAUGCCCCUGCCCCCCUCAGAGAACAGAUUCUUAAUGCUACAUAUAGUUUUGUCUUUUAUUCCUCACAUUUGGGAAAAAAUGGUUUUCUAACGAUUUUCUGUACUUAUGCAGUGUAUGACUGGUAUGGGCUGUGUUUACACAAAUUAGAUGAGACAUUGCAAGUUUCUUGUAUGCAGAAAGUUAACAAUGCAACGAAAGUUGUGGAUGAUUUCUGUAGCUCAGUGGGGUGAUAUACUCAAUCUGCAGUCUCUUACUGAGAUGCAAAAUGCUCUGUAUACAAAAUACUAUCUAUAAUUAUCUAGACAAUUACAGUUUGUGUGGGAUAUCUUCUGAUCUUGUGCAAUUGAUUUUAAUAACUUAAUGAACUCUUUACCACAUGCUGUAGGUGAACAGGAGCAAGACCAUUUCUCUGAGGGAAUUUGAUAUUCCUGUUUGAGGUUACAGCAUUUUACAUCACCCAGAGCAAGAACUUAGGAAUAUCUAAAGCUAGCUAACUUUUUCUGUUACUAAACUGCCAAGAGCUAUUUGUGAAAGAAAGGGAUGGAGCCUUAAUGGGAAUUUUUAUCUCUUAUUUUAUCUAGUAAUUUAAUUACUUAAUUGCUGUUAAUUAGGUGUAGAUCUAAAAGAACUUGAACACCAUCAGCACAGUAGAAUAAAAGCAAUUGCUUUAUUAUAUUAGUAUUUGUUUUACUGUUUUGCCUCCAGAGUUUUGAUGACAGGCCCUGAGAGUUAGGAGAUGAACAGAUGCUGGUUAGAAGCCUUGUCUUAUGCUUUUACUUUCUAGUCUCUCAUAGUUUCUUUUGCUUCUUGGUGGUUGUUGGCAUUUCUCUUCUUUGUGAUUCUGCCUUUCCUUUUCCCUUGAAGAUAAGACGCUGAAAUGUUUUCUGUAGUUCUCUUCAAAAAUAGAUAGCAUCAUAUAGUAUCAAAGAGCAACACAAUAAUCAUAUUGAAUCUGAGCAAGUAAUUAUUAGGCAAGUGAACAAUCAUUUUGUCUUUGAGAAUUUACAAACUUGCAGAAAUUCUGGUAUUUCCCAGAAUUCAUGUUGAAUAUAAAAACCUAAAAAUUUACUCCACUCUUACAGAAAUAUACUUGGUUGCUGUCUGGUUCUAGUAAGUCAUUUGUUAUGUCUUCUAUUAGUAAUUAAGAGGAGUUCAAUUCUUUAUUCUUCAGUGCUUUACUUCUUUAAUUUGCUGCAUACAUCCAUUCUUAAUCUUGGUUUGUGGAUGAAUGCAAGCAGUGAACAUCACACCUUCUCUUUCACAAGACCAGCUUCUUUAUUCAAAGGGCUCAGUUUCAUUAUUUCUCUUGCUUGUUUUGUAUAUUUGUAAGUAGUUUGUAUUAAGAAAAAGAAGGACCUCAGACUGUGACUCCAGGGAAUAAGCACCUACAUAGGGGAGCUACCAGUGUAUGUUCUAUAUUGUCUUACCUUGACUAAUAAAAGAAUAUAAGCAAAAGCCCCAACCUGUGGAACAGAAUUCUCUCAGUACAUUAGACAGUUCUGAGAAGUUUUUAGGAAUAAUUUUUUUCUCUGAGGCAAGAAAAACUAUUUACAUCAAAAUUGUAGUGAUAAUUACUAAGCCAGUGCUAUAUCCUGUCCUGAUGCACUACAGAAAAAAGCCCCCACAACCAAGCUUAAAGAGAAAACAUUUUCCAGGUCAGUGAUAAAACAGCUGAGGAGUUCAUGAGACUACUUUUCUGGGUACUGUGCUGAGGAUCUGCCCAGAAUAAUCUUUCUGACAGAUUUUAAUUAAUCCAAAUAAAAGAUAACAGAUAAACAGAUAAACAUUUUCAUUGUUUAGAGCUGAAGCUUGGUUUCUGACCUAAAAGGAUGUGUUCAGGUGUGCAGUCCAGUUCACGUGCUUCUGUGGAGAGUUGAGUUUUUAGCAUAUCCAAUCAGACAUUACCGAAAAAAGAAAUUCAAGUUCCCUGUUUUCUUAAUAGCAACACAUAACCACUUGGAUCAUAACGUGUAUUUUCUAAGUGCUGUGAAAAACUGAAGUAAUCUAAUUUAAAUUGUGUUUUCCCUCCACAGUGCAAAAGUAAAUACAUGUCUGGAAUACACAGCUUUGUGUAUUGCAGAAUUGUAUAAAUAUAUAAUGGCUGCAAGAUGCCUUUCCUUCUGUUUGGAAAAAAAUCAAAUGGCAGUCUUGUCCCAUUCAAGAGUUACUUGUGUUAGCAGUAAUGCUUCUGCAAGUUUUUUGUGGCUCUUUGUUCUGAAGGAACACUGGUAUUUUUAUAUGUGUAUGAAGGAAUUAACACUGAAUAUUCCUAUUACUGCUUUAUUAUGAUCUCAAAUAGUAAGUGGUAUGUGUAAGCUGUCAAGAAAAUUUUUGGCAAUUUUAAAGUCCUUGGUAUUUUGACAUGUGCAAGUAGCUUUUGCUUUUCGUGUCUUCUGUAGUAUAUGAGACUGUACACUUAACAGCUUCUUGAAUGAUUUUGUGUGGAUUUAAUUGUCCUGUUGUGUUGACAUUUUCUGUAGAUUUGGUAGUUAUAAGGCAUUUUAAUGUCACCACUUGAUUUUCUUCUUGUUAGUGAUUUGGAGGAAGACUAUCCUGAAUGUGGCUAACUUUCCUUUUCCUUAUGAAGCAAAACAAUAUUUCAAUCUUACUUACUGUAUAGAGAUUUUUUUAUUCUUGCCCAACAUAUUGACUUUUUGCAAGGAUUGAUGAGGGAGGUAUUUUUGCACUCAGUCAGGUAUGCAAUACUGACUUCUAAUGGAUUUUUGCACAUGUGUCUUAGGUAGAAUGUGGAUUCUGUGUUUUGCAGUAAGAUUGAAUUGAUAAGCUUCAAUGUCUCCUAACCAAAUUAAGCAGGCAUUUUCCUCACCUGACAUUCCAUGAAUAAAUAGCUAAAAGGAUUUUUCAGGAUAUACUUCCAAGUGAUGAGGUUUUUUUGAAGCAAAUGUCAUAUUCUAGGUAGGAUCCUAGCCAUUCUUCCAGUUUGUCAUGCUUAAGGAAUCAAGAACCUAUACUGGCAUGGCUGAUUGGAUUGCCUUAUUCCUGUGGUCUUUCUCUCCUGUGGAAGUCCAGAAAAGUAGCAGAAGUUUGACAGUGAUCCUUCAGGCUAUAACUAAGAAUAAGGUGUGAUUUCUUUGGUUUGAGAAUGGGGAAGCAGAUGCAAGUAACUAGUCAGUACAAAAAUCAGCAUUCUUUCACCAUUUUGCGUUUUGAUUUUCUUUUAAAAACAGAUGAAAGACCUGAGCUUAUUGAGCUAGGUUUUUAUCUUUUAAAUUAAAUUUUAUUUUUAAUUGAGUAACUAAUAGAGAUUUUACCUGUGUGUAAGGCAAAAGCUGUAAUUAUCAGCCACUGCAACCUCAGACUUCUUGCAUCUGGUACAGUGAAACUGUGUAAAUUUUGAUUCUGCUGCCAUGUCCAUUGUAGCAUUUGGAGAUGCUAAAGACUUAAUUAGCUUCAUCCUCUGUUUUUUCUUUGAUCUUAUUUUUGUUCAUUCAUUAAGAUAUUGAGACAUAAAGUUAUUUUUUAAAAUGCACCAGCUCAUUGAAUGAAUGUUGAUUGGAGGGCUUUAGGAAACUUGAUAAAUCAUACUGUCCCCUGGGGCAUUGAAACAGCACCUGACAGAGUAGCCAAGACCACUUCCCAGACAGAUUGUCCUGGUAUCAGAUUGUAGUCAAUGGAUCAGUAGGAACUUGUGCUGACUGCUAUAAUUGAAGUCCUCAUCUGCUGGGGGAUGGUGCUGCUGUCAGCUUCACUGUGGUACAGAUUCUACCUUCACCUUCGGGCCUUGCCCUAGGUUAGUACAGGACUAUCCUGAAGUAUAUUUCUGCAUUAGUUGGCUGUGGUGGUAAAUCAGGAGUUUGCUCUGCUGCUGUUUGCUGCGCAUGUAAAGUUGUUUGGAAAAUUGCAUAUUCUUCAGUCCCCUUUGCAUAUGGUGUCAUUUCCAGACUGAAAACAGAUUCCAUUUAUCAGAUAAAAAAUUCUUGCAGCUGUCUUGCUGCUGUGGGUCUCAGAGUCUGAUCCAUACAACAAUAAAAAAUACUGUUAGUAGAGGGAAAUACAGGUCAGUUGGGCAGCCUUUCCUUUCUAGUGCUGACUUUGUUCAUUACUUUGCAUUAGAGAGGUCCUUCACAAUCAGUUGAGAUGAUUUCAGGAGGGGGAACGUGGUUGCUUUAAUUGUUAAAAAAGCAGACAUUUGUCAGCACUUUGAAGAACUGCUAACUACUGUAGCAUGGCAUGAAUCUGAAACACUGCAAAAGCAGUGUUAGAGUAGUUUAUUCUGGAAAUGCAGAUUGAAUCCCUAAUGAUUAUAUCUAACUUGAAGCAAAAAGAGCUAACAUGAAGUCCAGUUGUUACUGUUAGGUGUUGUUAGCCUGAUCAUGAAAGUGGAUGGAAUUUUAAGAGAAGAUCCCCAGUGGUGUAGUAUUUAUGGAGUUAUAAAAUAGUUGUAAUGAGACCAUCAGCCUUUUGAUUUUGAUUUGAAUAUAACAUCAGUUAUAUGAUUUUAAAUACUGUAAAGCAGAGGUUAUUGUUCACAGCCACAAAAGGUUAGUAAGCUGGAUAGUAAACUUAUUUCCUGGAGGCAUUAGUGGUUCUGAGAGAGAGUUUAAAGCUUUUGUUUAGCAGUAUCAGUAAAGUCUUGGAAUAAUUACAAGCAUUACAUUAUAAAGCCACCAUUUAAAAAAAAUUAUAACCUGCUUUGUAUUCUCUUUGUCACUCCUCCCUUGACACAUUGUCUGUGCAUAGACUAUCUCCUUCUAAAGAUGCUGCAGAGACCGUGACAGGUUAUGCUCACUGAAUUUACCCUCACAUCUUGCAUCUCUUUUUUCUAUGUGUUGCUGUCUCAACAGGUGGCUUUAAAAUAGAGAAAUUGACAAACAGCUAUUUUUAGAACAUGGUAAGAAUUUCCUGACAAGGGAAAGGGCACUAACUUGAAAGAUAGUACAGUGUCCUGAGUUUACAAGACCUCUCAAAAGUGCUAUUGACUCUAAGAGAAGCCUGAAGUGUCACUUCUGUGUAUGUGCAAUAUACACUUGAAGGACACUUGAAAUUCUACUAAAUAGUAACUUCGAGCUAAAUAAUAGCCAGGUUAGACUAAAGGAGUAGAUUAUGUUCAUUUAUACACAAUAGAAUAGGUACAUGCUUAUGUAGCUGGAACUUUUUAUUUUUUAUAGAAUAACUACAGUGAUCUUCAUAUUAAUCCUGAACUGUGUAACUUUAUGCACCAAGCAGUGCCAAGCAAGCUUAAAAGACAAUGACUGCUCAAAAUACACAUCGUAAAGGUCUUUGAAUGUGUUGAAUGUGUUAAAUUUUUUAUUCCAUUUGAUAUGUGUCUCUCUGUUUCUAUUUGUUUUUCAAUUAUGGUUAGUAUUCUGGGUGGAUUAAUGAGAAGGGGAAAAAGAGGGAUACGCAAGCUACAGGACUUGUAGCAUAAAUUCUCUUUUUUUUUAAUCUAUUUGACCUGGAUUGUCCCAUCGCAAGCAUUCUUAGAAUAAUUUUUGACCAGUGCAAUACAAGGGAGAAGGAAGUGGGGAAACAGACUCUAAUUUCAGUCUGGUGAAGCCAAUUUACUCUUUGCAGUAUGAAAACAAAAAUGCCAUUUAAUGCUAUGCCAGUGCGGUGUAGGGAGGUGUGUGUUACUUGGGGCAAGUGGAAGCACCGCAGCUGUGUCAGUGAAGCAUUCCAUUCCAGUUACACUGGCCCGAAAAAAGGGUGCAUCAGUGAGGAUGGAGAGCUGUGCCAACCUCUCAGAUUCUUUUCCAAACUUAGAUUCUCUUAUGGAGCAUUGUGGAGUGCUCUCUUGACUGCUCGGUGACUCCAACUCAGCUUACUUCAACAAGAACACAUUUUCUGGCAAUUCAAAUCUGUAUUUGCCUGCAAGGAACAGAACUUGCCAAUGCAGUGGGGCAGUGAUGCUGAGCCUCAGGCACCACAGGAUGAGCUCUGAUGAAAUUCAAAGGCCUUCAGUGGUGCUCAGAGCUCAAUACAGUUGCCGUCUCUGAUUGUCUUUUAGCAUGUGAGCACAUGCUAAAACUGAGUGGGCAUCUUUCACUUUAUCUUGAUUUAACAGUUGUACUCACAGACAGCAGGAAUUGCUCAUUGCUGUGUAAACUUAGGUGUCAUAGCUUUAUUAGUUAAGAAUGGUGCCCUGAAAUAUUUUACUCAGAAGUGUGUAAAGUUUAAUUACAGCUAAAUUUAGAUAUUUACCAAGGCUAUUUUGUUGCUUUUUCAAAUUAUUGGCCUGUAAUCUUAAUGUUAAUUUAAGCAGUUGCUUGGCAAAGGUAUUUUCCCCAUGAAUUUGCACAAGCCUUAAGUAGAGAUGGCCUUACUAAACUGCUUUUAAAAAUACAUGUUCUGUUCUCUGUUUUGUUUUGUUUUUCUUUUUUUUUUUUUCUUUUUUCAACAGUAAUAUGUUAUCUGCUUUUUAACUUUCUUCUUUAUUCUUUUAUUUGCAGUGAUGUGGUUGCAUGACCUGCAGCAUUAUUAUAACAGGGACUGUUCAGUGCAUGACUUGCUUUUCUGUCCAGACUGCAUAACCAAAACUUAACCAGUUCUACACUUAAGACUCAUGGCCAUCUGAUUUCAAAGGGGGAUCUACUUGCAGAGAAGCUUACCAUCCUGGGGAGUGGCUUUCCCAUUUCCCACUUCACUUACUCUUUCUCUUCACAAAAAGUCUCCUGUGAGGCUAGAAGAGAGGAAAUCCCGUAUUCACAACUCAACAGGAGGCGUUCUGCAAACUGACAGAGCACUGUCAGCUCUCCAUCUUACUUCCACCUGUCCACUUUAUUUAAUUCUGAUUAACAGUAUUAACACACAGACUUCCUGCAACAUUUUCAUAUACCGAACUAUAAAAAUCUAGUCUUAAUGAGUUCCCGAAAAAGGCCUUUUGGUUGGAAAUUUUGUUAAAAUUUCAAAGCACCUGCACCCUUAAAGGAUCCACUUUGAAUCUUUAAACAAAUAAAGUAAAGCGAAGGAAGUGUUUUACCAGGAGAAAUGACUAAUGAAUUGCUGCUUGGCGGUCCCAUCUUCCUUAGAAAACCAAGCAAGUUUCAUCUGAUAAUCUCCGAGCCAGGCAAACUACCGGGUGGUAUUUUGUUCACAGGCACUGCCUGCUUCCUUAAUAUGUAUAUACACAGUAGUUUGUGGCUGUUGUAUUUUUCUCUCUACAUUUGAGCUGUGUUGCUGGUUUCUUUCAGAAACUUUUUUUCCAAUCUGUGUACAAUUGUUAAAACAAUCUGAGGAAAGACCAUGAAUGGAGAUGAGUAUGAAAGUCAUCUACACUUUCAGUAUUAUGCAGACUGUCCUUGCCAGUUUAUGAUUUGGAUCGUUUAUGUACUAUUUUUUUCCUUUCUAUUUUUUCUUUCUUAUGUCACAGUCUUAGCUAUUUAAUUUCCAAUUGCACUAGCUUGGCUGUUUCUUUGUAUUUUGAAGUUUAGCUAUAAGAUUUGCCAUAUGUAGACAGUAUAACUCAAAAUGCUUUGUACUGCCAAUAUUAAUUUAAAAAGCUGCUUAUUUAAUAUUCCUAAAUAUCUGCACAUUUGUACUACUGUAUCUUUGUUUUGUAUUGGACAUCCAGUACUGGCAAGAUUCAGAAGACGAGGGAGUGCUGUAGUGUUGUAAGUUAAGGGGUUUAUAUUGUAUAAGAGUUAGUAUGUAACAAACAGGGAAAGGGCUUUCAAGCCAUAGGAUUUGCUGGAAAAACUGAAAAGUCUGAAUGCUGAGUACCUUAAGUGUUUUGAUUUCAAUCCAGUUAUAGAGAAACUCCAUUCUUGCUCACCUGGAUCUUAAUCCUGGCAGAAAUACUGAUAUGAACUCUGCUGCCUCUGGGAAUAGUUUUGGUUAUUUGGGCAGUAGAAGAACCUUCUCCCUGUUUGGCAUGGGGGCAGCCCCAGGCUGAAGAAGCGUUGUGUCCACUUGUCUCUGCAGUCUCUUCUGGUCACCCACACAGUGCCUGCCCUGUCCCUGCCCGUCGGGUGGGCUCUGACAGAGCCACGCCUCGUGUGCAGAGACGCCGCUUGUGUCCAGUCCUCAGGGAUCCCGAUCCCACAGUGUUCGUGGCCUUGUGCAGAGUACAUGGAGAAAGGACAGACGUGUUCCCCACCAGAGAGGGGUGGCCUGUGCUGCCUGGCAAAGGCAUGAGCAGUAGGAAUGGGCUCCAAGCAGGCCCUGCAGCAGAGUGAAGGAUAAAACUAGGAUCCCAGUGAGAACUGUGGUGUUUUCCCUUCUGGAUACUGUAUCAGGUACUGAGGCUACCAGGUGCUCUGGCUGACAGCUGUCCGUAAAGGCUUCAGAUGGGGAUAUAUGUCUUUCUUGGUCCACAAGGGCCAGGGACAGUGAAGUCUGACGUGACCUGCAGCCAGGAGUUUGGUGAUUAUGAGUCAAGUACUCGUGCAGCAGAGGCAGCAGCACUUCAUCAGACUGAGUCCAGCAGAUAGCUGAAGGAUUUGUGUCUUUCUAGGCCCUAGCCAUUGAUCCCUUGUUAUGUGUCAGGGCAAGCGUUGCUAGUAAAACUUCUUUUAGUUGGGUGUUAAAGGCAUGGUAUGUUUUUCAUUUGCAAGUGCUGCUUCGGCAGGGACCACACCCUGCCCCAAGCCAGGCUGGGUGCAGGUUCCCUGAAACCAGGGCACUGUGCCAGGCAGGAGGGGAUUGCUUUUUUUGUGCACCUGCCUCCACAGCUGUCCCAAAGUGAUGCCGAGCAGUACCUCAUUUCUUCAAGUGGUCUGUGCAGAUUAGAGACUAAGUAUCAAUUGUUCUUGAGCCUUGAUGACAUUUGUAUGUAAGUGUGUGUAGCUUGACAAAAGUUGUUUGAGUUUACUAAUGCAACAGAGAGAUGCCAGGUGGAGCCAGUCAAGGAACUGGCUACUUUAAUUAGAUUAGCCUGGCAUCUCUGUCAUGAAGUGGUUGUGAGCUCUCAACUCAGAGCUGAUCUCCAGCAUGUCUCUGAUAUACUAACUUCAUUUGUGCUGCAUAGAAAACUCUCUUACCUUCUUAAUAGCAGCUUGUUUGACAGUCCUGAAUUAAAUGUUGAUCAAUUAUCAAAGUAAUAACUGUUUGUGAAGUUGCCAGUGAUAUAUUUUCUGUAAAAGAAUGAAUUCUUAGAGUGUCAAAACAUUAAUUUCCCAUUUCAGUUCAUCUACAAAUUGUGUAACUACCAGAUUGUUAUGGUAGCAAUAUUAAUAUACAUACCUGUAUAUAGACAAAAAAAACCUCAUUAAUGAUAAUUGGAAUCAAAAAGUUUAAUAUUUUUCCCAGUCAAAUACACUAAUGCUUCCAAGGUGAUAGAAGAGUGUACAGUUGUUAAACAAGUUGUAAAUAAACGCUUAUAUAAAACGUAAA